AUGACCACCCAAAAUGGAACUCAAGAUGCGGCGAGGCCAAAGCCCGAAGAGAUGACGUCAAAGGAUUACUACUUCGACUCGUACGCGCAUUUUGGGAUCCACGAGGAAAUGUUGAAGGACGAGGUGCGCACGAUAACCUACCGCAAUUCGAUCUACCACAACAAGCAUCUCUUCAAGGAUAAAGUCGUCAUGGACGUUGGGAGUGGAACGGGAAUUCUCUCGAUGUUUGCGGCAAAGGCUGGCGCGAAGAAAGUGUUCGCUGUGGAGUACUCAGCGAUGGCCAAGCAAUCACAACAGAUCGUCAAGGAUAAUGGCUUGGAUCACAUUGUAGAGGUGAUUCAAUCGAAGCUCGAAGACAUCACGGCUCUUCCCGGUGGCUAUCAGAAAGUCGACAUCAUCAUUUCGGAGUGGAUGGGCUAUUGUCUCUUCUACGAGUCGAUGUUGAACACAGUGUUGAAGGCUCGCGACACUUGGUUGGCGCCUGAUGGAAUGAUCUUCCCGGACAAGGCAAAGCUUUACAUCACAGCUAUUGAGGAUCGUCAGUACAAAGAGGACAAAAUUCACUGGUGGGACAGCGUUUACGGCUUCAACAUGUCAGCGAUCAGAAAGGUGGCCAUUCGCGAACCAUUAGUUGAUGUUGUGGACAAUGCUCAAGUGGUUGCCAACAACUACAUGCUCAAGGAGAUCGACUUGUACACGGUCAAGAUUGAGGACCUUUCAUGGAACAGUGACUUCAUUCUUCGGGUCUCUAGAAACGACUAUGUGCAAGCUCUCGUCACGUUCUUCACCAUCGAAUUCAGCAAAUGUCACAAGAAGACUGGAUUCAGCACAGGGCCCGAUGUUCAAUACACUCAUUGGAAGCAAACCGUCUUCUAUCUCUACGAGGCAAUGACAGUGAAGCGAGGUGAGGAAAUCAUGGGACAUUUCACGAUGGCUCCAAAUGCAAAGAAUGAACGGGAUCUCGACAUGACGGUCAAAGUCGACUUCAAGGGAGAAGUGUGCGAGCUUCACGAGGAAAACAAAUACACAAUGCAU